GUCCACCCAUGAUACCAGGCAUCACUGCAUUCACGGCUCCCUCCCAAGCUUUAAAUAUGAGGCCCGGUCUUCCCUCGCCGGAAAUGAGAUGGGAAAAAUUUUUAACCAUCCUCGUUUGAGCCCACCCGAGCUUCACUUAUUAAGGCGGUAGGUCCUCGCUCAUCACCAAACCAUCGGGUCAUCGACACCUGAGCUUUUCGUUAUCGGUCUUUCAUCUCUUUCAUUGUCUUGAUUGUCUUGCAUUGUCCAUCCUUCUGUUUCGCAACCCCGGCCUCCCGUCAUCGCCCUCCACAUCGCAUCGACCACGACCGUGCCCGACGACCCCACAAUCCCGGACCGAGUCAACGACAUCUUCGGGCCUCCGAGCCGAGUUGGGUGGAGCAAGUAAAAGGAACACAGCACAAACGACGUCGGCGUAGUCCAGGGAUCAAGAUGUUUUCUCGACGCUUCGAACCGUCUCAGACCAAGAGUGUCUCCUCCAAGUCUGGGAGGUCUCGGAGAGCCAGCUCGUCCUUCACCAAGGAAGCCGGCAUCUCUAAGAGGCCCGUUGAAUCUGGUCGCCGCCGUGCCGGUACCUUGUCCAAUGCGGGCGCAUCCGAGUCUACCCUAGGUGGUUCCAUCUCGGCCAUCGUUACCCUCGUCGUCGGUCAGGAGCAGCGGAUCUUCGCCGCCCAUGAGAACAUCCUUGGCGCCUCGCCUUUCUUUCAGAGCGUCCUCAAGAACCAGUUAAUGGACUCCCAAACCAAGAAGAUUUCGCUUCCCGACGAAGAACCCGAAGUCUUCUCAUCGAUUCUCGAGUUUCUCUACAAGGGCGACUACUACCCGCGGCUGGUGCACAACAAGAAGCGGAACUCGUGGGAGCUGGAGCAGGCCGGCGAGGAUGGCCGGUCUGAGGCGACCGUCUAUCACCACACCGUCGAGGGCGAGCUUCUGAAGGACACGGCCAUCUACUGUGCUGCUGACAAGUACGGACUUGAGGAACUGAAGCGCAUCUCUCUGCGCAAGCAGGGUCUUCAGUCCGGCAUCCAAGCGAGCACCAUCUUGGCCUCGGCUCGCUACGCCUACGCCAACACCCCCGACACCGACUCCAAGCUCCGGGCUCACUACCUCGCCCUCAUCAUCCGCAGCCGCAGCACCUUCAAACGCAGUGGCACCAUGCAACUUGAGAUGUUCAACGGAAACACUCAGCUCUUCUUCGACCUGUUUGUCGCCUUGUGCAACCAUGUCGAUGACAUCUCGAGCGCUGCCAGCACUCCUCGGACUCCUCGCAGCGGCCGCCCUUUCUAGGCUCCGACCUCUCUUUCGCCAUACCCCCUUUUGCACAAGACGAUUGAUACCCAACCCCCAACACCCCUCACCAACACCAUAUGAUACCUGCCCCUGAUGGCGUUCUCGACUCUGCGAUGGAUGAUGCUUCAUACCCCAGCCUCUUCGAUUCUACAUCUUAUGCAUACGACUUUUUCAGCACUAAUACGGUCUAAUUUUUCUGUUUUCGGCUUGGGCAUAGACGUUUUCCAUCAUCGUUUCAUGAUUUUGGCGCAUUGGGGCGGAUCCGGUUGGGUUUAUUUCCUUUUUUUCCCAGUCAUGUUCUGCAUUGGAGUUUGUCUCAUUUCUACACUCUUACUGUCUGUCUCCUA